AUGUCAUUUCGUUUCAAUUGGCCAAACUUUGACGAUAAGUUUUAUAUCGAAGCGAAAGAUCAACUGGAAAUAGCAUUGAACAAAGAACAAAAGUCAAAACAUAUUGCUGAUCAUAUAUUUGUAAAAGAAUUGAACAUGGGAUCUAUGCCACCAGAACUGGAAAUAUUGGAAAUAUGUGAACUUACCACUGAUUAUUUUCGCGGUAUAUUUAAACUUACGUAUCACGGUGACUCUUUUAUCGAAUUACAAACAAAAGUUCAAGCGAAUCCUCUACAUAAACCAAUACAACAAGAAACAUUUUAUCCUUUAUCAAGAUAUGGUCGAUCAAGUAUUGUUGCUGCUGAUCAACCUUUAGUAAUACCCAUGCUAUUACGUAUCAGUGAUGUUCAACUCAACGGUAUCCUUGUGUUGGCUAUGUCAAAGACAAAAGGUAUUACUCUGGUCUUCAAAAAUGAUCCUUUACAAAGCUUAUGUGUCAGCUCCACUUUUGAUAUUGUCUCCAGUAUCAAAUCCUUUUUACAACAACAAAUUGAAACAAAAUUACGCGUUUUUCUUCAAGAUACGUUACCUCUUGUUGUCCAUGACUAUAGU